GGGACUUGAAGUCAACAACAAUAUUGACAAAACUGGUGCUUAAUUACUUUUUUUUUAACACAUAUAUAAAUUACAACAAAACAGGCAUAAUUUUCAUCCAGAGCCAUGUUUUCACUGGUAUUACUCUCAGGUUUCUUUACCCUCACACUGUGUGCCCCUCAGUAUGUCUUUGUGAAUGAAUCCAAGACUUGGACAGAAGCUCAGAGAUACUGUAGAGAUAAAUACACUGAUCUGGCCACCACUGAAAAUGAACAACAGACGAUCCAGUUGAUCAACACAGUGAAUUCUGAUUCAAUAGAUUUAGCCUGGAUUGGACUCUAUGAUGAUCUCAACAGUUGGAAUUGGACUCUAGCGGACAGUGAUUUCUUCAAGGUUGGAGAGAAAAACUUCAGGAACUGGUAUAACCCAGGACCAGGGAAUUCUGGAGGACAAAGCCUGUGUGUUUAUAUAUAUAAUGGGUUAUGGUAUACUGCAAGCUGCAACUAUGCAUUUUAUCUUACGGUCUGCUAUGAUGGAAGAGAAAAUGCCAGUGCAACUUAUGUUUUCAUUUACCAGUACAGAACCUGGAGUGAAGCUCAGAGUUACUGCAGAGAACAUCACACAGACCUCGUCAGUAUCAGAAAUGAGGUUGAAAACCAGAAGAUCCAGUAUUUAUUACGAAGUAAUAAUUAUUAUUAUUAUCAAACUGUUUGGAUUGGACUGUACAGAACCAGAUCUUGGUCAGAUCAGAGCAACUCUUCAUUUACUUACUGGAGCACAUGGCAACCAGAUACUGCAGGAUCCUGCACUGCAGUGUCAUUUAGUGACUCUGGGAAAUGGACUGAUGAAAACUGCAAUUAUGCAUUUCCUUUCUUUUGCCACAAUGCAUCAUCCCGUCAGUAUCACUUUGUGAAUGAGUCUAAGAGCUGGACUGAAGCUCAGAUAUACUGCAGGCAGAAUUAUACCGAUCUGGCCACCAUUGAUAACAUGGAGGAAAUGAACAGGCUGAUUAACACAGUUAAUGGGAGUUACUAUGGUUCAGCCUGGAUUGGACUGUAUGAUGAUGUGAACAGCUGGAGAUGGUCACUGGAAGACAAUGAUUUCUAUCAGGAAGGAGAGAGAGAGUUCAGAAACUGGUAUCAUGAACCGGACAACAAUGGUGGGAACCAGCUGUGUGUGUACAUGGAUAAUUAUGGAAAAUGGUAUGAUUUGUCAUGUGACAACUCAGUGCCUUUUGUUUGCUAUGAUGGUAGAGUGAAUGCCACACAGAGUUACAUCUUUAUCUAUAACUGGAAAACCUGGUCAGAGGCUCGUAGAUACUGCAGAGAUCAUUACACAGAUCUUGUCAAUGUGAGAAAUCAGACUGAGAACCAGAGGAUCCUUGAGACAACAUGGGGAUAUGGAGUCUGGAUCGGACUGUACAGAAGCAGGAUUUGGUCAAACAGACAGAAUACUACAUAUCAAAACUGGAGGCCACAAAUUCCUGGGUUACAGGCACAACCAGAUAACGGCGUUAACCAUGCUUAUGAACAUGGAUAUCAGCACUGCACUGCAGUAUCAUUCAGAUAUUCAGGCCGAUGGACAGAUGAGAUCUGUGUAUCCAGCAUGCCUUUCUUCUGCUAUAGCAGAACCUGCACACAAUCUUCAUGCACUCGUCAGUAUCACUUUGUGUCUGAGUCUAAAACCUGGACCGAAGCUCAGAGAUACUGCAGACAGAAUUACACUGAUCUGGCCACCAUUGAUAACAUGGAGGAAAUGAAAAGGCUGAUUAAAACAGUACAUGUCACUUACUAUGGCAAAGCUUGGAUUGGUCUGUAUGAUGAUAUGAGCAGCUGGAGAUGGUCUCUGGAUAAUACAGCAUUAGGGGGAGAUUUUAAAAGCUGGUUUGUUCAGCAACAAGUGAAUUCAGGUGGACAGAGUCUGUGUGUGUACAUGUCAUAUUAUCAGGGAACAUGGAGUGAAGCCUUUUGCUCCUAUAGAUAUCCCUUUGUUUGCUAUGAUGGAAGAGUGAAUGCUAGUACAAGUUAUGUGUAUGUUUACCAGUCCAAAACCUGGACUGAAGCUCAGAGUUACUGCAGAGAACAUCACACAGACCUCGUCAGUAUCAGGAAUGAGAUUGAAAACUACAGGGUUCAGUCAUUAAUUGCAUAUUACUCAGUUGCUUGGAUUGGACUGUACAGAACCAGAUCUUGGUCAAAUCAGAGCAACUCUUCAUUCAGUAACUGGAGGACAGGACAGCCAGAUAAUGCUGGAAACAGUGAAUACUGCACUGCAGUGUCAUUUAGUGACUCUGGAAGCUGGACAGAUGAAAACUGCAACACUGCAUUACCUUUCAUUUGCUACAGUGCAUCAGCAUCAUCCCGUCAGUAUCACUUUGUGAAUGAGUCUAAGAGCUGGACUGAAGCUCAGAGAUACUGCAGACAGAAUUACACUGAUCUGGUCACCAUUGAGAACAUGGAGGAAAUGAACAGACUGAUUAACACAGUUAAUGGGAGUUACAAUGGUUCAGCCUGGAUUGGACUGUAUGAUGAUGUGAACAGCUGGAGAUGGUCACUGGAAGACAAUGAUUUCUAUCAGGAAGGAGAGAGAGAUUUCAUAAACUUUUAUCAUGAACCAAACAACAAUGUUGGGAAUGAACUGUGUGUUUACAUGGAUUAUAAUGGAAAAUGGUUUGAUUAUUCAUGUGACAGUUCUUACCCAUUUGUCUGCUAUGAUGGUAGAGAAAACACCACUCAGAAAUAUGUUGUGGUAUAUGAGUAUAGGACCUGGAUUGGAGCUCAAAGCUACUGCAGAGAGAAAUACACAGACCUGGCCAGUGUGAGGAAUGAGACAGAGCGUCAACAGAUACUGAGCAUUACACAUAGUUAUGGAUAUUAUUAUGGAUAUACUAUAUGGAUUGGUCUGCACAGAAACAGACUGUGGUCAGAUCAGAGCGGCUCUUCAUUCACAUAUUGGCUUCCAUCGACUCAAAAUGUUGCUGCACAACCAGAUAAUGGUGUAAAUGUCCCAGGACUGUAUGGAUCGGAACACUGCACAGCUGUGUCUUUACCGCAUUUUGGCCAGUGGACAGAUGAGAACUGCUUUGCCAGUUUGCCUUUCUUCUGUUACAGUGAUGAGUAUGGUAUGUUUGAGUAUAUACUGUAUGUGAUCUAUUUGUUUCUGCUGAUUUCAGUACAUAAUGCAUUGUAAAAAGUUUUGAAGGUCAAAACAAAGUUUUGUUUACAUGGUUUAAUUGAGACUGAAACUGAACUGAAACUAAAAGAUUUUUUUUUCAAUGUAGCAAGUCAGCAUGAAAUUUUGACUUUUGACCCAUAAAAUCUUUAAUAGUGUGGGUCUAAUAAUUUUUAAUUUUAACACCUGACUUGUUCCAUCUUUUUUUUUUUUUUUAAAUGAUCAGUGAUGGGAAUGCGAGUAGAAGUUACAAGUCUAGAAAAUUUGUCAGAGUCUCAAAUUGAAGAGCUUGUGAUUAUACAGUUACAAGAGGAGAUGAUGAGGCUCGGACUUCCCAGCAAUGUCACCAUGAAUUUGAGAGACUAUCGUAAGAUCAAUCCCUGAUGGAGGAGGACAACAAUUUCAAAAAACAGUUUCCACUACAGUUUUGGGCUCAAUAAUAGAGCAUUAUAUUAUGACAUUAUGUUUUAUGUUGUUCUAAUGGACCUAUUAAAUCAGUAAAGAGGUUUGUAUCCAAAUUAAUGUAACUUGAAUUUAUCAUUAAAAUGAUUUAAAAAAAAUGGUCUUACAGUACAGUACAGCUGUACAUACACUAUUAAAAAUUGUGCCAUUAAAUAACAGUAAUUUACUAGCAGCAGAGAUGCCAGUAAUGUACUGUCCAUUUACAGCCCUCUACCACUAAUUUACAGCUCUUCAUAUUUACAGCAUGUUACUGUUAUGCUACCAUGGAAAUUAACUCUGCUCCAAUUGCUUCAAACAGUUCGAGUUUAAAAUAUUAGUAUUCAUACAGUAUUGUUAAAAAUAAUAGCAGUAC